AAAGAGUGGUACACUAACGUGUCGUGUUCUCAUUUGUUUAAUGGGGAUAGGAAUCUUUGGAUUGAUCCCAAGCUCAUCACCAGACGAGCUAAGGAAGAUUCUUCAAGCACUUUCGACGAAAUGGGGAGACGUAGUUGAGGAUUUUGAGAGUCUUGAAGUGAAACCAAUGAAAGGAGCGAUGACUAACGAAGUGUUCAUGGUUAGUUGGCCAAGAAAAGAAACGAAUCUUCGAUGUAGGAAGCUUCUUGUUCGUGUUUAUGGAGAAGGUGUUGAGCUUUUCUUCAAUAGAGACGAUGAGAUUCGUACUUUUGAGUAUGUAGCUCGUCAUGGCCAUGGUCCUACUCUCCUUGGACGCUUCGCCGGCGGUAGAGUCGAAGAGUUUAUCCAUGCUCGGACACUAUCGGCAACCGAUCUUCGUGAUCCGAACAUAUCAGCUCUAGUUGCAUCUAAGCUAAGAAGAUUUCACAGCAUAUACAUUCCUGGAGAUCAAAAUGUGCUCAUAUGGGACAGGAUGAGGACUUGGGUAGGACAAGCCAAGAAUCUGUGUUCAAAUGAACAUUCAACAGAGUUUGGUCUAGACAACAUUGAAGAUGAAAUCAACAUGCUGGAACAAGAAAUGAACAAUGAACAAGAAAUUGGCUUCUGUCACAAUGAUUUGCAGUAUGGUAACAUCAUGAUUGAUGAAGACACCAAUGCCAUUACUAUCAUUGAUUAUGAGUAUGCAAGUUACAAUCCAAUCGCUUACGACAUAGCAAAUCAUUUCUGUGAAAUGGCGGCAGAUUAUCAUUCUGACACUCCUCAUAUCUUGGACUACACUCUAUAUCCAGGAGAAGAAGAAAGGAGGAGAUUCAUCUAUAACUACCUAACCUCUUCAGGUGAAGAAGCAAGAGAAGAAGACACAGAACAGCUCUUGGAUGAUAUUGAGAAGUAUACAUUGGCAAGCCAUCUCUUCUGGGGUUUAUGGGGAAUCAUCUCUGGCUAUGUGAACAAGAUUGAGUUCGAUUAUAUCGAGUAUUCGAGGCAGAGAUUCAAACAGUAUUGGCUUCGAAAGCCACAAGUUUUAUCUUUCUACCCAUCCUAAUAAGUAAAUUCUCUGUUUACUUAUGUUUACUGUUUGCGAAUAACACGGUAUAAAACGAUGAUAGAUUCAUGAUAUAGCUAUGCCAAAGCUAAAAACUAUGUGUAAUUCUUUUGUUCUGAUACUAUGUAAUGAGUAAAAGUUAAUAAAUAUCCAGCACAAAA